AGACCACGGGUCCAAACGCGUCCUUACCCUGUUGUUAAAGAGUCUUCGUCACUAUUUCUCUCUCUCUCUCUCUCUCUCAAACGCCUCGAAUCGAUCGGGAAAAAUGGACGCCGCAGAUUCCGUCAUCGAUCCUCUCAGAGAUUUCGCCAAGGACAGCGUUCGCCUUGUCAAGAGGUGCCAUAAACCCGACCGCAAAGAAUUCACGAAGGUGGCAUUUCGUACGGCGAUCGGAUUCGUGGUGAUGGGAUUCGUUGGUUUUUUCGUGAAGCUGAUAUUCAUUCCCAUCAACAAUAUUAUCGUGGGCUCUGCUUAGGUUGUUGAGUAUGAGUUUUCUAGAAAGAGGGGACACAUGGAUGCAACUGUUAUUCACAGAGAAGUGCUUAGCACUUGGUUUUUAUUUUUAUUUUCCGUCAUAGACUUGUGUGAAGGACAACCCCCCCCCCCCC